AUGGCUUCAUUGAAUGACACACGUACAUCAGACAAUUCACUUUUAUGUCCAUUAACAUUAGAGUUAUUUCGUGAUCCAGUUUUAGCACAAGAUGGUCAUACAUAUGAGAGAGUAGCGAUUGAAGAAUGGAUACGAAAAACUGGUUCGAGUCCAUUAACACGACAGCCGUUAUCUUUGGAACAUUUAUAUCCAAAUCUUGUUGUUAAAAAAAUAAUUGAUAACUUUGAAACAUUAACACGUAAUAAGAAAUAUCAAUUUAUACUAGAUGUUGAUGUGAAAAAAGCUAAAGGUCGACCAUUAUUUCAAACAUAUGGUAAAUCGAUUUUUAACGCAGAAUGGUUACCAACAAAUGAAAAUCGACCAAAAAUACUUAUUUUAAAAAUAAAUGGUGCUCGCGCCAGUAAAGAAGCAUCAUUCUAUGUCGAAUUAAGUCGUCAUCCUCAUAUUGUUCGAACGUUUGGUUUUGUAGGAAAUAAAAAUAUGAACGAUGAUAUGGAUUCAAUAAUGCUUUUACAAGAAUGUGCACCUGAAGGAAGUUUGUACGAGUUAUUAGAUGAACGAGAAACAGUACCCGAUGAAAAAAUUCUUAUUGAAAUUUUUCUACAAAUUAUUGAUGCAAUGAUAUGUUUAGCUGAUAAUCAUGUUGUUCACGGUGAUUCAGCAUGUCGUAAUAUUCUAGUAUUUCGUUUCGAUGAGACUGAUCCGGAAAAAAUUGUUGUGAAAGUAACGGAUUUUGGACUUAGUCGACAUAGUAAAUUGUAUUCAUUGGCUUCCAGUGCUGCAUCACAUACUACACUAAAUAUUAUUCCUUAUCGAUAUGCUGCACCAGAAACACUUUCAGCGAACGCAACACCUGAAGUAUAUACAGAGAAAUCAGAUAUUUAUUCAAUGGGCGUUUUAAUGUGGGAAGCUUAUUCCCGAGGAAAGGUACCUUGGUCUAGAAUUGAGCGUGAUGAUGAUGUUAUUCAGAGAGUCAUAAAUGGAGAUAGACUUUCUCAGCCAUCAAAUUGUAGUUCACAAUACUGGUCUAUUAUUGUGAAAACCUGGUCCAAAUCACCUCAUGAUCGACCUACUUUCAGAGAAUUGAAGCGUCUUCUAACAGAGCAAUACUAUCAGAAAGGUAAACUAUUUAAAUAUUCAUCUCUUUAUUAUCCUCAUACAGCAAGCAAAAAGAAGUGA